GCAAAUUUUAGUUUGAUGGGUGAAUUGUUGAAAAAACAUUUAAUUUUGGAAAGUUUUUAAAUUUUCGUUUUCGGAAAUUCGUAUAGUAGUUGUUUAUUGUAAAUUUCUAUUAGAAAUUAAAACAGAACAAAAUCAAACUUUUAAAUUAAAAACCAAUAAGGCAAAUAAAGCCUCAAUAUAAAAAACGACAUGGAAAAGAAAAUGUUAUCUCGUUUUCAUCCAUACCAUGGAGCAAACAUUAUUUUGUUUGAGGAAAAUACAGUUGCUUUUCGAAAAGCAAGUUUUGCUAACGCUCUUACAUUCAGCGAAAAACCCUUGCUGCCAGGAGAAAUUUUUCUUCUUGAGAUUGAAAAAAAUGAAAGGGGUUGGUCUGGUCAUAUGAGAUUGGGGUUAACGCAAUUAGAUCCUCAAACAGUAGCUUCUUCUGAAGAGGGCUUACCACAAUUUGCUUUACCGGAUUUGGCUAACAUGGGUACAAGCUGGGUAUAUCCCAUAUCAAAAUUUACUGAAAGUCGACCUAACACAAACAACUUGCAUGGCAGUAAUAUAAAUAAUUCUAGUAAUAAUUGUAAUGGUGGUAAUACAACGGGAGUUUAUAAAAGUGUAGAUAUUUUAGGUGAUGGCAUCAAUAUUAAAACUGCUCGGGGACCUGUUCCUCGAAGUGUACUUAGACCAAUCGCACAAGACGGUAAUGGAGCCGACAUAUUAUUAACUGACAAAGGCUCACGAAUUGGUGUAGUUUUUGUACCUACACCUCACCAAAAUGACUUAGCUGAAAUGCACUUUAUCAUAAAUGGAGAAGACCAAGGACCAUGCACUAUGGAUAUUCCAUACAAAAAUGGUGCCUUACAUGCUGUUGUAGACGUAUAUGGAACAACCAAACAAGUAAAAAUUAUUCAAAUAUAUGGAAUUGCAUCAUUGCAAAAUGCUUGUCGUGAUGCAAUUCUUGCACGAGUUAAAAGAACUGACAUAUCAAGGCUGCCAUUACCAAAACGUCUAAAAGACUAUCUAUCCCGGCAUUAUGACAAUUAAAUUAAUAUAAAAUUUAAAAUUAAGCAAAUUAAAAACUAUUUAAAAAUAGAAUAAAAUAUAAAAAAAUUUAAUUUUAAGCUAUAUUUAUUCUGAAUCAUAAAGAGUAAAAAUGUAAAAUACGUAAGUUUAAAAAAGAAAUUUCAAUGAAAAAAAUAAGAUUUCCAUUUGGAAUCUUUAUUAGAAAAAUUCUUAUUUAAAUCUUUUUUUUUCGACACAAGUUAAAAGGGGUAUUUAAUAAACUGAUAUAUAAAAGAAUAUGGAAUAUAAUUAAAUUUUAAAGUUAAAACUGCAUUUAUUUUAUGUAUAUAUAUAACUAAACAGAAAUCUAUCUUUUGUAUUAUGCUCGCUCUUUAGUAUGUAUAAAUUUUUUUUAAAAAUUUGAAAUAAUUUAAGAAAUUCAAGUUAUCGUUUUGAAAACGAUGAAAAUAAAUGCCGAUAGCCAACUGAAACAAAAAUAUUUAAGAAUUUAAACAAUUUUUUUGUUUUGAAUUAUUAUAUAAAUACUAUUUACUUUUUCAAGAUAGUUAGUAAAUAGUUACAUAAAUUUUACAACUUGAAGAAACUGGCGAAGGCAACAUUUUUACAUUGUUAAAAAAAUAUGAAUUUUCUCCAGCAUAAAAACAAAACUCUACUAUAUAAAUGUGUUCCUAUGUAAAAACAUAAUUUUUGGUUUUAGUUUUUAAUUCCAUAUUCUAUUUAGCUUUCUUACUUUUCGUUUUUUAAGAUAUUGUCUAACAUUCCUUUUGAUGUUGACAUCAAAAAUUGAUUUACACAAUUAUACCAAAUUUUUAGAAUUUUUUUAUACUUGUAUGUAUUUUUUGUGAACUUAAAAAUUUAA